CGCAGGCCGCGAGGCAGAGCACCGGUCUCACCUGCAUCGUUGUCGUCGACCUCAAUUCUACAUUUGCCCCCCCCCCCCCCUUGAUUCUAUGUCUGCAUCUCCCGCACUGUUCCCCUUAUUCGGGUUCUGACGGAGGCGGUUGAUUAGAGUGGAUUCCCCUUCUUCUUCUUCUUGGACUUAAAAAUCGAGUGGAACUGCCAAGAAGAUGAGGGGAGGAGAAGAGCGGCGGAGGACCCGAGAAGAUGCGGCGUGGGAAGAAGCCAAGGGAUGCGGUCCUUACUCUGCCGUCGGACUUCAGGGUCCGCUUGUAUCACCUUCAGGUCGGGUUCCUCGACUUGGUCUUGCUCUCCCUGUUCUGCACGGCAAAGGAAGACCAGAAAACUCCAGAUCCGCGAUUCGGAAGCUCUUCCUCGAGUUCUCCUCAACCCAUAAACCCCAUCGCCGACUCCGCUGAAGCCUCCAUCUGCCACCCGCGCUGCUGCAGAUUGUCCAUCGCUGCUGCCUCUAGCUCGUCCUUUUAUUAGUAAUAGAAAAACGAGGAAGACGAAUCAGUUGUCUGGUGAGAGUUGGAUCUACAGCGACGAGCAGUGGAAAUAAGAUGGAGGGCUAGGGGGAGUAGGAGUUAGGGCGGCGACGAAAUAGUCUAAGGAUUUAGAUUGUUGCUAGCGGCGGCCGAUGUCGACGAUGGGUGGUGUGGAGAGAGUAACAAAGUUAUUAUUUUAUUUUAUUUUUAGUUAAUUGAUGAUGUGGCAUUUACAUGUAAAGGGCUGCUGAUGUGUAUCUUACGUGGUCGAUGACUUGGAUCCAAGUCAGCGUUCCGUCACAGAACUUGACGGCAUCCCAAACGACGUUAAAGUUUCUAACAGAUUUGGCUAGAUUUGUCACGCUACCUUCUAAUUUUCGGGCUAUUUUGUGUUUUUCGAUAGAUAUGGCUAUAUUUGUCACAAACAUGAAAGUUAUGACUAUAUAAGUGUAGUUUGCCAAACAUUUCAUAUUUAAGUUGGGUAGGUUGCAAAUUUAGUCAUUAGCUUGGGGCUAUUUCACUGUAAUACUCCAAUUAUCACAAAAAUGUCAUUUUCCCCCUAUCCCCUAAAGUAUUCAAUAUGACAAUCUCUCACUAUUUAUUAUUUAAACACUUGCAUUACACAUUUCCAUCUCUGGCCUUCCAUUGUUUGUUUUCUUUCUUGCAUAAAUAGCUUAGGACACGAAAUGAAGGGCACCUCAACCCACAUUCAUUUGCUUUUUUUUUUUUGCAUAUUAUUCGACACAUUAGGUUAAGUUUGAGUAGUUGUUAUAAAAAAUCCUCGUGAAAUACGACCUUAGGAACUUCUAAGAUAUUAUCACUUGUUUCUACAUCAAGUUUUGGCACCACAUUUGGCCGCAACGAUAAGGUCCUUUGAAUCCCUCGUGAGACUGGUGUAAAUAGUCUCCACUUGUAAUAAAUGAGUGAGGCCCUGGUGUGGGCAUUUCAAAAGAAGGAAGGUGAAUCAUUCACACACUUCAAACAAAAGCCCAUUCUCCUCUUGUUGUAAGGAUGUGAUUUCACUCCUUAUUUCAGCAGUCUUGGAUGGUGAAAGUACCUUGCAAAGAACUUCUCGCAUAAAUUUGUCCAACUGACAAUUGAUCAAGGUUUUUGAUUAUUCAACCAUAACUUUGCAACACCAAUCAAAGAAAACGAAACAACCUUUGGAAAAUUACUUCAUGUGGAACCCCAUUGUGCUUAAUCCCAUCCGUCAACUCCAAAAACACUUGCACAUGUCUAUGAGGAUCAUUGUUCUUGAGUUCAUUGAAUAAAACUAAUGCUUGAAUCAUCGAUAUCACCUCAUUCUUGAUCUCAAAGUUUUUAUUUGCGACUAGAGAGAAAUAUAGGAAACUCUAUGUAUUCUUAUCGAUUUCAUCCGUGCAAAUUAUUGUCAGUGGUUAGUACGUGUCAACAAUUACUCCAUUCUAGGCCAAGUUUAACAUAAAAUGGCGUUUCAUAUAGUGGCAAUCAAGGUCUUAUUCACUUGCAUCUUGGUACCCUAGCCUACUUCCCACGUUGUUGUUAUCUAGCCAAUCGAUUUAAGGGUUUGUUUUGGAGGAUAUGAGCGAACUACUAGUUAAGAGGGCAAAUAAAGAUAAAAGCAUGUACUUUGGGGAACUACCCCUCAUCCUAGCUCAAUACUAUUAUCCAAUGUCUAGAUAUUUAGGGUUUGUCAAUUGUGGUGAGUGAGCUCUUUUCCGUGGACUUUCGUGGUUAUCCACACGCCUUCGAGUACGCCUCCCAUAAACCCAUAUAAAGUCACCUCGAUCUA